CCUGUCUUCCUUUAUUUAGCUCGUGCCCAUACUUAUUUUUUGAUUCUUCUUUUUGGGUAAUCAGCUUUACAAUCCGUACUGGGUUUAGCAUUCAGUUGAAGUUAGUGGGUGUAUGGGUUUUUAUGGGUUACUUUGAUCGGAAUUUGUUUGGAGAGGGAAUAGGAGAUUAAGAAUUUUUUUUUUUUUUUUGGGGUUGUUUGUGUGAUUUCAGGGUUUGUUUUUAUUGAAAAUUAGUGUGUAUAAUCUGGGGUUUGUAUGAAGGUUUGAUUUCAAAAGCUGGGAUCUUUCAAUUGGGUUUUUCUAUUUGGAAUUUUUCUUUUUUUAGGUUGAGAUUUUGAGUUCAGCUUUCUCCUUGGGGAAAUUUUAUUUUGAAUUUUGAUGACCUAGAUUUCACUGUUUGUUGAAUUCUAAAUUUGGGAACUGAUACCACAGGCAGGGUUUGAUAAGAUUUUUGGUCUGGGGGAAGAGUAGGAUUUUUGUUGGUACUAUCUUUUAGCUUUUAGAACAAAAUUUGACACUGUUUUAUUCAGAUUCCAUUGAAAUGGGGACUGAUAUGGAUUUCAAGAGCUUCAGUAGCAACAACCCGCAGAAUGGUGGCGGGAGCAAACCGCUGGGGAACAUGUUGUUAACCCGACAGCAAUCGAUCUACUCGUUGACAUUUGAUGAAUUUCAAAGCACCAUGGGCGGAUCAGGGAAAGACUUUGGGUCUAUGAAUAUGGAUGAGUUGCUGAAGAGCAUAUGGAGUGCAGAAGAAACCCAGACUAUGGCCUCUGCUUUUGGCACCCAGGAGGGGACUAGCGGGUUGCAGCGGCAGGGCUCUCUAACCUUGCCCCGGACGCUGAGCCAGAAGACGGUUGAUGCGGUUUGGAGAGAUAUUUCAAAGGAGUAUGUAGUAGGUAAGGAUGGGGUUGGAACUGGAGGGUCUAAUAUGCCACAGAGGCAGCAGACUCUUGGGGAGAUGACAUUGGAGGAGUUUUUGGUGAGGGCUGGAGUGGUGAGAGAGGAAACUCAGCUGGUUGGGCCUGGGAAGUUUAAUAAUGGAGGAUUUUUUGGUGACUUGCAGCAUUCAGGGAAUAAUCUUGGUUUUGGAAUUGGGCUUCAGCAGGGCAGUAGGGGUCCAAAUUUGAUGGGGAACAGGUUUACUGAAGGAGGUAAUCAGAUUGCAAUUCAGUCAUCAAACUUGCCCUUGAAUGUUAACGGGGUCAGGUCAAACCAACACCCCCUAGCUCAGCAGCAAAACCAACAGCAACAGCAGCAGAUGUAUCCUAAGCAGCCUACUGUAGGUUAUGCAACUCAGAUGAAUUUACAGAGUGGUGGUCAGUUGGGGAAUCCAGGAAUUAGAGGUGGAAUUGCUGGGACUGGGGAUCAGGUUGUAAAUAGUGGUAUGAUUCAGGGAAGUGCUUUGCAGGGUGGAGGAAUCGGUAUGAUUGGCUUAGGAGGGCCCCUUAGUGUUGGAACAGGAUCACCUGCUAGCCAAAUAUCUUCAGAUGGGAUUGGAAAGAGUAGUGGUGAUACAUCUUCUGUGUCACCAGUUCCUUAUGCAUUUAAUGGAGGUUUGAGGGGGAGGAAGAGCGGUGUUUUGGAGAAGGCCAUUGAGAGGAGGCAAAGAAGAAUGAUAAAGAAUAGAGAAUCAGCUGCAAGAUCGCGAGCUCGCAAGCAGGCUUAUACAAUGGAAUUGGAAGCAGAAGUUGCAAAGUUAAAAGAGGAAAACCAAGAGUUGCGGAAGAGACAGGCUGAAAUUAUGGAAAUGCAGAAAAAUCAGGUUAUGGAAAUGAACAUGCAACCAGGAGGAAAGAAACGGUGCUUGAGAAGAACACAGACGGGUCCAUGGUAAAGCGAGAACUUAGGGUCGUGUUAUGAAUUCUUGGGUUGAAACGAAACUCGUUUCUAAGUUGGCCGUACAGAUUUAAUGUGAGCAUAGUUCUGAUGUAGGCCUGAAGAGAUGAGUUUGUUUUGUUUUGGUGCGGUGUAGAUUAGUCUUCCAGUAUCAGUUAUUUUUUAUCUGCUUUUCUUUUGGAUAUCAUGCUUCACCUAAAUAAUAUUCGUACUAGUUAUUUCAGUGUAUUUAUGCUGCACAUAAAGCAGUUCUCACAUCUGUUAUUUAUUAGCAAAACUUGCUCCGACUGCCUAUCAGGAGACUUGUCCUGGUCAGUGAUGGCGGUGGCUUAUGGAGAGUUGACACUCAUGUGGUUGCACAAAUUCAUUCUGAUAUAAUCAGACCAAUGCGCCCAUUAAUUGAACAAAGCAAUUCAUGUAUGGAUCUGUUGCAUUCAAUCCAUGAACAAAUAUGUAAAUAAAUGAAUAUAUUGAAUAUGGCCAUGCUACAAAAUCCCAAUAAAAUUCAUUUGGGAGACGGUGAAGAAUUUGUGAAGGCAUGGCUUUGAAAUUUCCUUCUUGAUGUUAUAAAAUGGAAGGGUUUACGCUGUAAAAUGGCCAGCCAAGAGAAAUCAAAGCCAUUGCAUCUAAUGGUGGAGCAGUUGGUCCCACGGCAAACAGAUUUUUAUUUGGCGGCAAUGCCCUGAUAGGCUGAUA